AAAGGAUUUACCCUCGAGUGGCCAGACUGGCUGGGGAUACAGGAUGGCAGAGCUAAUAGGAGUAUUUAACGGGACAUGCGGACGGGCGGAAUUCUUCUUAUAAUUCAAGUACUGCCCAGGACGCUGUGAGGCCUCGCCAUGCCUCUGGUGAAGAGGAACAUCGAGCCGCGCCACCUCUGCCGGGGGGAGCUGCCCGAGGGCAUCGGCAGCGAGCUGGAGUGCGUGAUGAACAACACGCUCUCCGCCAUCAUACGCCAGCUCAGCAGCCUGAGUAAACAUGCGGAAGACAUAUUUGGUGAGCUGUUCAACGAGGCCAACACUUUCUACCUGCGUGCCAACUCUCUGCAGGACCGCAUUGACCGGCUGGCCGUCAAAGUCACACAGCUGGACUCCACCGUGGAGGAAGUUUCUUUGCAAGAUAUCAACAUGAGGAAGGCUUUUAAGAGCUCCACCACGCAGGACCAGCAGGUGGUGUCCAAGAGCAGCGUGCCCAUCCCUGUCAAGGAGAUGUACAACCUGAGCGACAAGCCCCCCCCUCUCAGCAUCCUGUCAUCUUACAGGGAUGACCACAAGGAAGCUCUUAAAUUCUACACGGACCCCUCCUACUUCUUUGACUUGUGGAAAGAAAAGAUGUUACAGGACACUGAGGACAAGAGGAAAGAGAAGAGGAAGCAGAAGGAGCAGAGGCGUUGUGUGGACGGGACGCUGCAGAGGGAGGUGAAGAAUGUCCGUAAGGCCAGGAACCGUCGGCAGGAGUGGAAAAUGAUGGCUUUGGAUAAGGAGCUACGGCCUGACCACCGGCACACCAUACACCGAGACAGAGGGGCGUCCUCCGAGGGCUCCAUGUCCCCGGAGAACCGGGGUCAUGGGGUGGAUCAGCACCAUUACCCCAACAGCAUGAACCACGCCGGCCACGCCCACACCUACUCCGGCCCGCCGCCCAGCAUGCUGGCUGCUCAGAUGGCCGCUGGACACGCCGCCCGCGGAGGAGGUGAGCAUGACAUCAGAGGCAGGCCGAUGAUGGCCUACCAGGGCGGGACGCUGGGCCGCGCUCAUCACCACCAAGUCCCACUGCCCCCCCCACCCACCGAGGCCAUGAACGGAGGCUCCAUGCCCCUCCCACCCGUGGACUACAGCAUGGACGGCUAUGCCAACACCGGCCCCCCGCCCCCUCCCCCCGCCCCUCUCAUCCCCUCUGCCCAGACGGCCUUCGCCUCCCCCCCUGGAGGUCCCAUGUCUCCUGGGCCAAUGGCUGGCGCUGGCAUGUACGCUCCGCCCCCCCCACCUGUAUCUGGAGCCCACGCAGCUCCUCCUCCUCCUGGCCCUCCGCCGCUGCCCCUCCAAGCUGGCGCCUCCCACCCCGCUGGCCACAAGAUGUCGAGCGCACCCGCAGAGAGCGCAGCGGUCAACGAUGCCCGCAGCGAUCUGCUGGCCGCUAUACGCAUGGGCAUCCAGCUGAAGAAGGUGCAGGAGCAGCAGGAGCAGCAGGCUAAGCGAGAGCCGGUGGGGAAUGACGUGGCCACCAUCCUGUCGCGCCGCAUCGCCGUCGAAUACUCCGACUCGGAGGACGACUCCGAGUUGGAGGAGAAUGAUUGGUCGGAUUAACACACAAACACACACACAC